AUGUCGGCCCCGGAAUACAUUGAACACUUGAUGACAUGGGUUCAAAGCAACGUCGACAACGAACAGAUGUUCCCUAGCCGGAUCGGUGUCCCCUUCCCAAAGACCUUCCCCAGUCUUCUCCGCCAGAUCUUCAAGCGUCUAUACCGUGUCUACGCCCACAUCUACUGCCACCAUUACCCAGUGGUAGUACACCUCGGCCUCGAACCUCACCUCAACACCAGCUUCAAGCACUAUGUCUUGUUCAUUGAUGAGCACAAGCUGGCCAGUGGGAAGGAUUUCUGGGGACCGCUGGGUGAUUUGGUGGAUAGUAUGUUACGCAGCGACUAA